AUGGGUGACACUCCCCUGGCCUCGCUGUCCCUGACCCAUGUCCACUAUAACCCCGACGACCCCUUAUCCUUCGUGUCCGCCUGGCUCGCCCUGGUCCCGCAGGCACUAUGUGUUUCCUACGCGACCCUGAUGUGGGCCUCGAGGGAGGCCGAGGUGAUCUUGAUGUUUGUGGGCCAGAUGGGCUGUGAGGCAUUGAACUUUGUGCUCAAGCGCAUCAUCAAGGAGGAGCGGCCGAAAGAAAUGUUUGGCAAGGGCUACGGCAUGCCCUCCUCUCACGCCCAGUUCAUGGCAUUUUUCGCCGUCUACCUGACCCUAUUCCUCUUGGUCCGACACACCCCGACCCCUGCCAGCGCCUAUCCAUUCCGCGAUUUCUUACUCCGCGUUUCUCUGGCUGUGGGACUCUGUGCUGGUGCCUCCGCGGUGGCUGUUAGCCGGGUUUAUUUGAGUUACCACACGCCCAGGCAGGUCCUGGCUGGGUGUAGUGCUGGGGUGGUCUGCGCCUGCGCCUGGUUCGUUGUGACGGGGGUUCUGCGCAGCUCCGGGUGGAUGGAUUGGGCCCUUGACUUGACGGUUGCCCGACUAGUGCGAAUUCAAGAUCUGGUGGUCAGUGAAGACCUGGCCGAGGCCGGGUGGCAGCGAUGGCAAGUGCAGCGGUUGAAGCGGCGCGGCUGUAGUCAAGCCCGCAAGUCAGAAUGA